AUGCAUUCAACCCCAAAGAAAGAAAAGCACCAUGCGGAUAGUCGCAUUCGUCGACGCUUGGAUACCGAUGAGAAAAGCAGGAAGGAAAAAUACAAGGAUACAGAUUGCGAAUCCAUCGCUUCAAUAUCAUCUGCAACUCCUUCGGCCGCUCAAUCAGCAUCUGCGGGCGGAAUAUGUCCUCUCCGGGUUCUCUUAUCCAACAUGAUUGAAGCCGAAGAGAGGGGGGGAAAAUGUUGUCUUUUACGCAGAGUACCAUUGUGGCAUACGAUUCCACUUUGCUUAUUGGCUGUCAUAAACUUAUUACUUAUCAUUGUUGCGUUGUUGGGGUUGGCUGGAUAUGAGAUUACAAUGGGGAUUCAGAGAGUAGUCUGUGAGAUGAUGAGAUCGGAUUUGGAAGUGGAGCCUUAUGUAGAAAGGGGGAGUGUAGUAGACACCAAUAGUGGAACUUUGCUUGAAUAUUAG